GCGAAGGAAAGUAAUUGGCAGGAACUGCUAGUGAGCCAUGCCGACUGUCGACGUGAAGCGAGAUCUGCUUUUUCAAGCCUUGGGAAGGAGCUACACUGAUGAAGAAUUUGAUGAACUGUGUUUUGAAUUUGGUUUGGAACUUGAUGAAAUUACUUCCGAGAAGGACAUAAUAAGCAAAGAAAAAGGUGAUGGAAAAGCAGAGGGUGCAUCAGAAACCAUUCUGUAUAAAAUUGAUGUUCCUGCUAAUCGAUAUGAUCUCCUUUGUUUGGAAGGCCUAGUCAGAGGUCUUCAGAUUUUUAAAGAGAGAAUAAGGGCUCCACGAUAUAAAAAAAUUACACCACCCAAUGGUGAAAUUCAAAGACUUACCAUUAAUGAAGAGACUGCCCAAAUCCGUCCUUAUGCUGUGGCUGCAGUUCUUCGUAAUAUAACUUUUGUCAAAGACCGCUAUGAUAGUUUCAUUGACCUACAGGAAAAAUUGCAUCAAAAUAUAUGCAGGAAGAGAUCAUUAGUUGCAAUUGGUACCCAUGAUCUAGAUACAAUCUCUGGCCCAUUUAUAUAUACAGCUAAACCACCACCUGAAAUUAAAUUCAAACCAUUGAAUCAGGAUAAAGAAUACAGUGCUCCUGAGAUCAUGGAAAUGUACAGGACGGAUAGCCAUCUUAGACACUAUCUGCAUAUUAUUGAAAAUGAAUCACUUUAUCCAGUUAUCUAUGAUAGCAAUGGUGUUGUUCUCUCAAUGCCACCAAUAAUUAAUGGAGAACAUUCAAAAAUUAGCCUCAAAACUAGAAAUGUAUUCGUUGAGUGUACAGCCACAGAUCUUACCAAGGCAAAAAAUGUACUCGAUAUCCUGGUUACAAUGUUCAGUGAAUAUUGCAAUAAGCCAUUCACGGUUGAAGCAGUAGAAGUAACUUAUCCUAAUGGAAAAAGCUACAUCUUUCCAGAGCUGCCCUAUCGUCGUGAAAAGAUAAAACCUGAAAUAAUUAACAAGAAGAUAGGAAUUAGUGAGACACCAUCAAGCCUUGCAAAGCUGCUUACUAGAAUGUGUUUGAAGUCACACGUCAUAGGGAAUGGGAACAAUAUAGAAGUUGAAAUCCCACCUACGAGAGCUGAUAUUAUCCAUGCAUGUGAUAUCAUAGAAGAUGCAGCAAUAGCGUAUGGCUAUAAUAACAUUCAGAUGACGAUUCCAAAAACGUACACCAUAGCUAAUCAAUUUCCUCUCAAUAAACUCACAGAACUUCUGAGGCAAGAUUUGGCCGCUGCAGGAUUUACUGAAGCCCUCACUUUUGCUCUGUGUUCCCAAGAAGACAUCGCUAGUAAAUUGGGGAUUGAUAUUUCUGCAACAAAAGCUGUACAUAUAGCCAAUCCCAAAACAGCUGAAUUUCAGGUAGCACGGACUACACUGUUGCCUGGACUCUUGAAAACUGUUACAGCUAAUAAAAAGAUGCCUUUACCUCUGAAACUCUUUGAAAUUUCUGAUAUUGUAGUGAAAGAUUCCACCAUGGAUGUAGGUGCAAAAAACCAUAGGCAUCUUUGUGCUAUCUAUUAUAACAGAAACCCUGGGUUUGAGAUUAUUCAUGGGUUGCUGGAUAGAAUCAUGCAGCUCCUGGAAAUCCGUCCAAGUAAAGAGAAUGGAUAUUAUAUUAAAGCAGCUGAAGACUCUGCUUUCUUCCCUGGUCGUUGUGCUGAGAUCUUUGCCAAAGGACAGAGCAUUGGGAACUUGGGAGUUCUUCAUCCUGAUGUUGUCACCAAAUUUGAGCUCACUAUGCCCUGUUCUGCUCUAGAAAUCACAAUUGAGCCUUUCCAGUAAGAAGAACAUCGUCCUUUGGUCCAACUUCAUUCUCUAUUUUAUUUUGUCUUGCUACUGCCUAGCAGUUCUCUGUACGUCAAAGUAUUAGACCAAUGUUACAUUAGGCUUUAUUAGGAUUCAAUAUAUUAUUACUAUAAUAAGAAAAGUUUUGUUAACCAGUGAAAGCCUCUUUUUUAACAGUUAAGGACAUCAAUCUUUUUAAAAAACAAGGCAAAGUAUCAUAAAUAUGUAUUGGCUAAA